GUUCAGAAAAUGCCAGUUAACACAUUCCGCUCCCCGCUCCCAGAAACCAGAUUCUUUCACGCAGACAACUGUGUUUAUAAGUUUAGAAUAAGAUACGGAAACAACGCAAGAGCGGAGGAUUUUAGAAAUGAGGAGGGCAUCACACAAGAGUUAGAGGAUGCUGUUCGUGUUGUUCUUGCCAAUCUGGAGAGCGUGCAGCCCUUUGCCACGAAGCAUUUCAAUAUCUUUCCAUAUAAGAGCAAGUGGGAGAGAGUGUCGGAGCUGAGAUUCAAACAGGGCAGCUCCUCUCUCUCCGCGCACCCUGACGUCUGCACCCUGUACCUGGAGCUCAAUUCAGGGCAACAGCAGGGGCAGGCUGGGGCAGCUAAACGAACACUGUCCACGUGCACACCUGUCAGAGCAGAUGGAGGAAGAUCUCAGGAGGAUGACAUCACAGUAAGGCCACCGAAGCGCAGUAAGCAAAAUCUGCCACCAGGGGGCUCUGGACUCCGGUCUGAAAAAGUCAUGAGUGAAAGUGAUUUGAGCUACGCUGCUGAUGAAGCAGAUGAGCCAGGGACAGGCCUUGCGAAUCCUCAACAUGCAUGCCCAGGCUGUCCUGUCCAAAGAUACGCGGCGCUCAAAACAGCUGUCUCCCGCCACGAAUCUUUGAAUCAAAGCGGCCCAAACCGGCGCAGCGAAGAAACGGAAGAUGAGGAGGAAGUGGAAGCCGGAGAGGAUAUGACGUCAGAAGGAAUGGAAGCCAGAGAUAUGACGUCAGAAGAGGCGGAAACAAAAGCUGGGGGCAUCUUAAGCCGUUUGGCCAGCUCUCUGUUUCCAUUUUGGCUCUUUUUUGGGAGCAGGAAGCCUUAGUGACCUGAGAGAGCAGACAAUCAUUCAGCUGUGAUCCCCACAAUCCGCCUUAGAGAUGCUGCUGGGCUGAACUACUCCAAGCAACAUUUCUCUAGGAAGUCACGUUGCAUUGUGAAGAAGAGACUGAAAACACAACAGAUAAGCAGCUAUACUUGCCUUAUAAUAAUAAUAAUUACAUUGUUUGGGUUUUAAUGACAGUUUGGUCAUAUUAAAAAAAAAAAAAAAAAGUAAAUAACGAAAUUGUAAUAUCGGCUCUAAAACUGUUUCAUGUAAAAAUGUUACAAGAUUGGAUUUAGAUUGCGAACCUGCUGAAGACAUGCUGUCGAAACGCGUUGUUUUUUCUUUUUGUUUGCUUUUAAUGGAAUAAACUUAUUAGAACUUUUUAAAAUAUAAAGUCACAGUGGUCCUGUCCUGUUUUUUUUUGAGAGUGCCGCCUGUCUUGGUCGACUUCACU